AUGGCGAACUACAACCCUUUUGCUCGUCGUGAGACUCACAAUAUCCAUGCACUGAAUACCUAUCGGGUCCUUGUACCCCUCACAUGGGCGCUGGUCGUCAUCGUCGGAAUUUACUACUCUAUCCACUCGCCAGAUGAUACUAAGGGUAGCAAGAAGAUCUGGAAGCAGGUCAAGAAGCACGAUACACCGUUUACACAGAACAAGACUGUGACUGAGAUCUACUGGGUCCUCUUACUCCUCUCGCAGCUCAGCUAUGUGUGGCACCUCUUCCACAAUGAGGCCGCCAUCGUAGCAUCCGCUGCUAAUGUUGCCACCCACUUUAUCCUGAACAACCUAUUCGUCCUCUCCUGGAUCUCGCUCUGGACUCGUAACCAUUUCUGGGGUGCCGAGAUUAUUCUGAUGGCCCAUUUCAUCAACCAGAGCGUUGCUUACUGGCGCCACAAGAAUCUUCCAGACUUUGUGCACCUACCCGCUGUCGCAGGUCCCUAUGCCUGGACCAUAUUCGCACUCUUCUGGAACGGGGCUGUUGCCGUGCACAGCCAUAACCUUCCUGGCCGUAUUGUAGCCAAUAUCUUCAUCUGGGCUAUUCUGUUUGUGGGACUAUUCCACAUCACACUGCGCCAGGAUCAUAUUCUGGGUUACUGUCUCAGCUUCCUCAGUUUGUCGCUGGCGAUCCAACAGUUCUCGAUCAAGAUCAUUGCCUUGCAAUGGAUCUUUGCCUUUGUGGUCUUCGCCGUAUUCACUGUGGUCUCGCUAUAUAUCUCGACUACUAAGUAUACUGGACGCGACUCGCUAUUCCGUCGUGUCGCCCACCCCGAAAGCAGCGAUCGUGAGAGACAGCCUUUGCUCAACGAAGGGGUUUAA